CACAAUGUACCCAUCCAAGUUCAAGAUUGGAAUCAUGUUAGUGAAGAUGUGAAGGAAAAGAGCUGGGCCUUAGUAUUGGAAAAAUAUGAACUAGAAGAAACAUGCAAGAGCUACAUUCUUCAAUGUUGUGGAAAUUUGUUUAGAAGCUAUAGAAAUAAAAUGAAGGCCAAGUAUUAUAACCCUUAUAAUACAGAUGAGGAGAGAUUGUGUCAUCAACCUCCACACUUAUCGGAUGAUGAUUGGAGGUGGCUCAUCCACUUUUGGGGUACACCUGAGGCCAAGGCACAAAAGAAGGAGGAUCGAAGUGAGCCCAAUAGAAUUGAGAUGUUUGCCCUGACACAUACAAGAAAAGAUGGGACACCUAUUGAUGAUCAUUCUAAGGAGAUUAUGGAUCAAUUUCAACAAUUACUAUCCCAACCUGAGGGGACAUCUUCUUCUACUUCUGCAUCAUCUGGAGCAUCUACAUCUGUAGCAUCUACAUAUGUAGAUGAGAUAUAUACUCAAGUCAUGGGUCCAGAGAGGCAUGGUCGUGUUCGAGGGUAUGGAUUUGGUCCUACUCCUACCUCAAUCUUUGGUUCUACUAGUAGAAGGCGAUUAGGAGUUAUUUUUUCAAUACAACUUGAAAACGCCCAAGAGAUGCUAAUAGCUGUAGAACAAAAGUUUACAACUGCAACUGAAGAACUCUCAAAUGUGAAAGAUGAACUCUCACAUGUGAAAGAAACAUUUGAAGAGAGGUUGAUAGAAGUUCAAAAGAAGACACAUGAAGAAGUGAAAGAAGAGUUUGAAGAAAAAAUGAUGGAAAUGCAAAGAAACAUGCAAGCACAAAUUCAAGAACAGAUGAUGCAAAUGAUGCAACAAUUUCAGCAAAAGCAAUAGACAUUUGAAGAUUUUGCUACAUCUUUAUAUGAUAGAUUCUCUUAACUUUUUU